AUGGAUGUUCAACAGCUUUUCGCGAAUCUUAAGAAAGUAGCUGAAUGCCCACUGUGUUUGUUGGAUACAGUGAACAAUCCCAAGACUUUGCCAUGUAUUCACUCAUUCUGCCUCGAGUGCCUUGACAAACAUACAAUUUUUGCAAGAAGACAACUACAAGCGACGAUCAAAUGUCCGGUUUGUCAGACAUCUUUUCAAAUUCCUGAAGGAGACUCGUUCAAGAACUUUCCCACAUCUUAUCAUCUCAACCGACUGGUAGAUGUUCUCGCUCUAAAAGAUGGCGGCGCACAGGCCCAGAAAUGCAGCAGUUGUGAUGAGAACAACACCGCUUCCUCUUACUGUUUCGUCUGCCAAAUGUUCCUCUGCACUGUUUGUUUUGAAGCUCAUCAGCGACUGAAGACCACAAGAGAUCAUCGCAAUGUUGUGAUAGAGAAAUUGCGAGUGCAAGAUGUUCAAGAGUUGAUCCACCGACCCGUCAUGUGUUCGCAACAAUAUCACGAAAAUCAACCGCUGGAAUUUUAUUGUGAAGAAUGCAAAGUUCUUAUUUGCCAGAAAUGCUGUAUAGUAAGCCAUAAUCGACACACCAUAACAGACACUCAGAAUGCCGCACGAGUACAGAAAAUGCAAAUGAAGGACGCUGUAGAGAAAGUGAAAGCGGAAACUGUUAUUUACGAGAACAAAAUAAGGAAACAAACCGAGCUAAUGGACAAAACUAAAAAUGAGAUUUUGUCGGCGGAAAAGAAGAUGACAGAUACCGUGGAGGAACGUAUCCAUGAAUUGCGGGAACAUGAGAGGGUCAUGGAAGCCAAAUUUGCUGAAAUCUAUGAAGCGCAACAAAAACAUCACGCAACGCAAAUAGAAAAUUUUGAGUUCAUUCUUACUCAACUAAAAAGUUGCCUUGAACGAAGUGAAAGUGCUCUGGAAAGAAACGUCAGUGCCGAGAUUCUUCAAACAAAUCAGAUCAUUGUUGGACGCUGUGAAGAACUUUUGAAUGUAACAAAGCCUGACAUUUAUAAACCACCCCACGUGAAUUACAUUAUCAAAAAUCAACUGAAUCCGGGUUUUGAUCGAAUUGUGGUUAGUAAUACAGAUCCCUUACUUUCCUUAGCGGAAGUGGACAAUCAAGAACUUGUAAGAGAAAAAACGGUGGCAAAUUUCAUCAUUGUAACUAGAGAUUCAGGUGGAAAGCAGUGUUACCAUGAAGAUGAUCAAGUAAAAGUCAACAUUAUAACUCCAACAGAUGAUCAACUGGAAACAGAGAUAAAAGACACCAAAGACGGCAAGUACACAGUGACAUACACACCACAGUGUGUUGGACAACAUGGGGUAGAGAUCCAAGUUAAUGGACAGCCGCUGACUGGUAGUCCCUGGCUUGUACAGGUGAUCAGUUCGCAUCAGUAUCAAUUUGGAUUUCAGUUUGGAUCAAAAGGAAAAGAGCAAGGACAGUUUAAGAAGCCUUGGGGUAUUUCUGUAGGCGAUAAGAGGAGAACACUUGCUGUUACUGAUUAUGAAAAUAAGAGAAUUCAGAUGUUUAGCUUUGAUGGAAAUUUCCUGAGAGAGAUUGCACGGGAUAUUGUUUCUACUUCGGUAGCUUUUACCGAGUCUGGUGACCUCCUUGUCCGUAGCCCUGGUGACUUCAAUAAAUUAUCUUUGUAUACUGAAGAUGGUCGGUUUAUCCGAUACAUCAGCGAUGAACAUGCAAAGAUACCGUGGUACAUAUCUAUUGGGUGAGGGUCGCAUAAUCACAUGUGACUGGGACGACAAAACAAUUAAAGUUCUCAGCCCUGAUGGGAAAAAUUUACUUCAGUCGUUCAGUGCUCCUGGUUGUGACGAGAGACCAUGGUGUGUUCUUUAUCACCAGAAGAAAUUCUUUGUUUCUUACUGUCACGCUGUCCGUGUCAUGGUAUUUAACAACGCAGGGGAGUAUCUUUAUGAUAUUGGCAGCGAGCGAUCUGGUAACGGGCAGUUAAGGUGUCCCACUUGUCUCGCUAUUGACAAGUUUAACCGUUUGAUCGUUUGUGAUCCGGGGAGCAGGAGACUGAAACUAUUCACACUAGAAGGAAAAUAUGUCGCUAAGGUAGCCGGGAGUUUUUUUGACCAUAAUUGUCAUCUUGUUGGUUGUGCCGUGUCUAAUACUGGACAUUUGUUUGUUACAGAUAAAAACAAACACUGUAUUUAUGUUUUCAACUAGCACAGUGCGGAAAUUGAAUAACUCCAGGAUUAACUCUUUUUUUAAGCACUGAUUAUUGUUAACACUCUAAGCUGCUGAACGUUAAAAGAACUGAACUGAACUUACAUAUGUACAUAUUAGUUAUGGAACGCUUUUGAGUGGUAUACCAUGGAAUAUCCCAGGAGUCUCUUCUGUUUUCUCAGUAUACACACGAGCCUUUAGAAAGCGUUGCGUAACUAUUUUAUACUAUGCCAUAGAAAAUACAGUAGGCAGCAUAACAAAUACGACAUAUGCGCAGACAUCAUUUUGAAUGGCUUUGAACUGCUUGUUGCUUCCCAUGGUUUAAGAUGACAACAUUUUUAAAACUCCAAACCUGUUUAAUAAUUAACAUUAAUAACAAACUGGUUAUUAAUGAAAAUUCAUGAAUAGAAAAAAUUCAUGUAAAUAUUUAUUUUAGUCAAACGCUAGCAAAAGGAAAAGGGAAAUUCGAGCACCCUUCAGCCAGCAGACUAACUCUCUAUUUCGAGUGACAAGCGAGGUGAGCCUGCGAGGGGCCAUUCUCCUUUCGCUUGCUGUUUUCUAGUAACAUCCAAGCCACUAUGUUACCUAUUGUUUGUAUUAGGGUCAAAAGCCAAAUGAACUAUAGAACAUAUAAUGAUCUCAUGUUGUAACCAAUCACUAUCAAGUGCACUGACAAUGAAUGGAAAGCGACAAAAAGUUGAAUAAUAUACAAGGAGAAACUUUUUGGUUUUACAUCCUCUCAACUUACAUCCGAAGAUUUGGGUGUAGGAGGCGCGCAAAUGAUUCCUCGCCUAACCUUUCCGGUUAGCACUCAUCUCUAUGCUCCAAACUGACAUUUCCCUCUCAGUGGCUUUUACAAGACAUUUCCCUUUUCCUACAUGAAAUUUCUGCUUGAUAAAAUGUUCGUGAAAGUCUAGGUCUGUUCAAUUAAUAGUUUGGGGAAAAAAUUUCGGGAUGGCACGAGAACAAAAGUUCAAAAACUACUUGUGAACUUAUGUUAUUUACGUAUAUUGUUUUUAGAUGCAGAGUACUGUUGUGAAACACAAGAAAGAUGGCGGCCAAUCCUGUGGUAGACUACUUGUAGUCCCCCUUUUUCCUCAGGGAUAGUAGCGAAACGCGAAACGCACGUGAAAAUCACCUCACGCAUCUCGCCUUUUUCGCGUGGGGGGAUUUUCACGGUGAUAGGCUCCUGACCACCCAAACCACUAGACUUCCAAGGACUUCUUGGGAAGAAGUGGUUUGAAUUGCAAGUAUAUAGCAUCAACUUUAACCCUAAAUAGAAGCUAACCGUUUUUAGAGUCAGUGCUUAACCCUAAGCACUAUUCUCAGGGCUUAACCAUUAAUCAGUAUUGAUCAGUGCUUAACCCUAAUCAGUAUUGACAGUCAAUUUGAUUCUUUCUUUCCUUUGUAGAGAAUAAAUUUGUGUAUGAAUCAUAAUGAGUCAACGUCAUGAUUUUGGAGUAUGUAGAUGAGUAUUAACCCACCAUUUGGGGUCUGCAUUGAUAUUCGCGUUUAGUGAGUUGGCGCGUUAGUUCGAUAACUGAAUGCGAUAAAAAUGGGGGUCGUGAACAUCUGAUGACUAUUCUUUGUCUUGAGAGAGUUAAGUUCAACAAAUCAAAGCUAAAAGGCUGUAAACCAUGUAUAAAACAACUAAUCCUGACAAUCUGAUGUAGGAGGCGAAGACUCCACCGGAUUGGCCGCCAUCCAGUUCUUGUGUUUCACAACAGUACUCUGCAUUUGAAUCAAGAGACUAUAAAGGGGACAGAGAGGCCAUCCCCCAUAUACACCCUAUUCCAUAGGUAAUUCGUCUCGAGUUAUUUUUAGAAUCGGGAUAAAGUUACCUCGCGCGAGGCGUGGAUGUUUCGUGGAGGUUUCGCAUGACCAAACGCCGUGCAAAACAUGUCGGGCGAGAGGCAAUGAAAGCGUAAAAAGAUCGAGAGCAUUCCUGAAUAUUGAAGCGAAAUGAGUCGGCGCUCACCUGGGAAAAAGGAAUCGCUGGACUCUUUGACAACCCGUGAAAUCAGUUUAACUCGAAGUUGUCGUAACCUCAGUGCUUUAAUAAAAUGAGAAAUUUCGCCGGUCUAUUGAAACCGGUCGUUUGUACAAUUUAGGGAGUUUAAGAUCCAACGACGCGGACGACAACUAGAACGUCAAAAAAACAAUAGGUUUAAUUAGCAAAACAACAACUUCGCACGUGCAACACACUUUUUUGUUCAUUUCUUUCCCGUUUUUGCACGACUACGACGUGAAAAUGCCUAAUUUCGCGUUUUAUGGAGGACGUAAAUAAGCAACGACGAAAUUUUAUUUCUCUUUCUGAGCUUGAAUAUGGUCCCUUGAAAUUCAGCUUUAGGAGGGUUCGCCUACAAUUGACAAAGUAAGUGGGUAGGAAUAAUCGCUAUAAAGACUGAAAAAAAUAAACAUCAAACCAGAAAUUGCUCUCUUCAAACUGUAAAUUAUAAAUGAUCCUGAGAGAAUAUUCAGUGUGUUAAGGAUUUCCCUGCUCUACUGUUAGCUCUAUACAAGAGAGGAAGGGCGAUUCUUUUUUAAUUUCGGUUUCGCUAACACAGCUUUCGCAGAAAUCUCGCUGUAGUCGUUUUCGUCGACAAAAGGAAUAGCAAAAUCGCUCCCCGCGUCUUCCCCCAUUUCGUUCUGCGUCAUUUCGUGAAGGACGCGUGGCUCUCAGCGUGGGUCAUCCACGCGGAACACAUUCGCGCUAUGUGAUUGGCUGUUGUCUAAUCCCUCUUGAGAUUUGUGGUGUUAAAAAUAACUCGAGACGAAUUACCUAUGGAACAGGGUGUAUAUAGGGGAUGGCCUCUCUGUCCCCUUUAUAGUCUCUUGAUUUGAAUACAAUAUACGUAACUACAGUGGAACCUAAUAAGCCCCUUCAUCGUCAACAAUGCACCAUAAUCUUCCACAAAAUUCCAAAUGAAACUUUUGAUUUGAACUUAAAGUCACGUCACAUAUUCGAAUUUUCAAUUCGAAAGGAAGCGGAAGUAAAAAAUACACAGGAACCGAGUAACGACUAGGUACGAGUCUACAGAUAGGAGGCUUGGAACCUGAGCUUUCCUCAUCUCUGAUGUGAUCAUCGUCAUGGCUGCUCGAUGGUUACCGAACAGCGAAGAGUUUUUCGUUGGACUGGUUAGACUGUUCGAGGCAUCAGAAACUAAUCUGAACUCAGCAUCAUAUGAUAAUUCUGAAUUUUUAUUUCGUCGACUUGAUGCUCACGAGAUAGACUGCGAGAAGUCUCUCUUUUUCGUGCCUCUCCCGUCUCGCGCCAUCAGUCACGCGCGUGGCCAUUUGCGUGUCUCGCGGUUUGCUCGACGGACUAAAGAAAAAAGAGAGACUGCUUGUAGUCUACUCACGAGAGAACUUUGUCAACUCUGCUAACAGUGUUGACAAACCUACACCACUCCCGCGGUUCGCGGAUGAAUAAAUUCUAAUAAAGCCUUCAUAGCUUAGCUGUAACUAGGAUCUCCUUUUGGGAUUUUACCUUGCGAUAUGAGAUGAUGAUUUCUGUAAGGUACCAUUUCCCCAUGAGUGUGUCCUUUAGGUUAGGCAACGCCGGAUGGUAUUGUGUUACAAAGGGCAGUAUUUUCUUAGGUGCGGUUUUGUUUUUCUGCGCCAGCGACAUUUCUCUAUAAGAGAAUUUAAUCUCUGAAAGGUGUUUUUCUACAAUUCUAGCUGGAUAAUCUCUAUUCUGCAGGCGUGUUUUGAAAUUACCCAUGUUUUUAUCAAAAGUUAAUUGAGACGAAUUUGUUCUCAGAAGCCUGAACGCUUCUCCUUUUAUAAAGUUUUAGUUUGCCACUCCAGCCCUCACAAUCUGUUGGAUUGUCCUAGAGUUACCCUUAUCAUUCACAUUGUCCGCCAUAUUGACCAGAGAGUUCGAGUGAAGGGAAAUUUCGCGCCAAAAUGCAGUUAUGCAAACAUCCCGUAUGUAUAGUAUAGCGAAACUCUUAUCAUUUCCGGUUCCUGUGUAUUUUUACUUCCGCCUCCUUUCGAAUUGAAAUUUUGGUUUUUCGAAUUCGAAUAUGUGACGUGACUUUAAGUUCAAAUCAAAGGUUUCAUUUGGAAUUUUGUGGAAGAUUAUGGUUGCAUUGUUGACGAUGAAGUGGCUUAUUAGAGUGGAGAAGGUGAAUUGAAGUUCAAAUCAUGUAAUUUGCAUUUUAGUUGGAAUGGUGAUUUGAACUUCAACAUCCGCGACGUCGAGUCUUCCCUUUAUAGUUUUAACUUGUUCAAAGUAACUUCAAGUUCGAAUGAUGCUAUUUUGACUGCGUUCAUUGCGAUUUCAAAUUCAUAUGACGAGAUUUCGACAUGGAUAGUCUAAUUUUUGAACUUCAAAUUGUCUUUUAUUUUUUAUUAUUUUUGUCCGCAAAUGUACGCCAUAUGCUGCCAUAUGCGCAUUGCCUUGCUCACUAAAAUGUCUAAUUUUGACCAUUGUUUAAAAGAAUCAGUGGACAUUCAUCACUGAUCUUUAAAUAAGAGAGUUGUGCGUUGACAACCAACUUAACCGGAAGUUGAUCAUACACCGCUCCGUUUCUCAAGCUCACUAAUGUGUUUUGAGAACCACGCCCGGCUGGAAUAGUGAUCAAGCUGAUGGCGAGAUCAAUCAUAUUUGAUCACACACUUUCCAUUCAGAUAAAAAAUGAAGGUGUCUACCUUUAGUUUGGCAAAUUGGCUGCGUGGCAAGAGUUUCCCUGGACCAGGGCAAGCACGGUUAGGGCGAGGGUAGAGAAAAAAGGUAGCAUGCACGCAGACGUCAGAAGCCCGCUACACUGAACAGGCCGGCAGCUAGCAUCUUCGUCCCCAGGGCCCGUCGUUUCUUGGUCACGUAGUCUUGACGCAUAUGAAAGGGAGAGACCGCUAAACGUCAUUAACACGGCAAAAUUUUAAGUUCUGUAAGUUUUACUAACUGAUUUUUGGACGUUGACGAUUUUCUAAGAUCGUGCCAGAAAAUAAAUCCAAAAAAUAAACUGAUCUGUGAAAACGACAUGACGCGAGCAGUCGCUUGAAAUUAGCUAACUCCGUGGUUAUGGGCUCCUGGCGAGGUCACUUUUUCUGCACAUAUGAACCAAAGUGAAGAAAGCUGGGGGCGGUUGCUUUUAAGAUGGUGGUAGAGCUACUGUCUCCCCAACUUUCGCGCUUCUUUCACACGGGAACCGUGUUUGAUUCGCCGGCUCUAUCGAAUAAUUGCCAUAAACGCCUUAUAAUUCAUUACCGUUUUUUUUUUCGUAUAAACAUUUCAUCAGUUACUGAUGUGAACUCGAGGUUGGGAAGCCUGUGUCAUCGACUGACUGCAAGUCCUAAAUUCAGCAGUUCUGUUUUUUUUCUUUUUACUCUUCAGUUUACCAAUUGACUUCAUAUCCUUAUUUUUUUUUUGUUCAUUGUGUUUCGCUUUCGCUUCAUGUCAGCUUUUCAAUUACAAUAAAAAACAUUGAGUCCUAUUUUGUUACACAGCUUAGCAAACCGCACCCAUAAUCAUGCUCUCACGGAGCCAUCGCUUGCAGCUCUAGAUUCACCAUGGAUAUUCAACAGCUCUUUACAGUUCUUAAGAAGGAAGCUGAAUGCCCACUGUGUUUGGAGACAGUCAAUAAUCCCAAGACUUUGCCAUGUAUUCACUCUUUCUGUCUUGAGUGUCUUGACAAACACGCAAAUUUUGCAAGAAGACGGCUACAAGCGACAAUCAAAUGUCCGGUUUGCCAGACAUCUUUCCAAAUUCCUGAAGGAGACUCGUUCAAGAAUUUGCCUGCAUCUUAUCAUCUUAACCGAUUGGUGGAUGUUCUCGCUCUCAAAUAUGGCGGCGUACAGGCCCAGAAAUGCAGCAGUUGUGAUGAGAACAAUACCGCUUCCUCUUACUGUUUUGUCUGUCAAAUAUUCCUCUGUACUUCCUGCUUUGAAGCUCAUCAGCGCCUGAAGAGCACAAGAGGUCAUCGCAAUGUUGUGAUAGAGAAAUUAAAUGUGCAAGAUGUUCGAGAGCUGAUCCACAGACCUGCCAUUUGUUCACAGCAAUAUCACGAAAAUCAGCCGCUGAAGAAUGCAAAGUUCUUAUUUGCCACAAGUGUAGCGUAGUCGGCCAUAAUCGACACAACAUGAUAGACACUCAGAAAGCCGCACAAGUACAGAAGAUGCAAAUGAAGGGCGCUUUGGAGAAAGUGAAAGCGGAAACUGUAAUUUACGAGAACGAAAUUAGGAAACAAACUGAGCUGAUGGACAAAACCAAAAAUGAGAUUUUGUUAGCGGAAAAGAAGAUGACAGAUGCCGUGGAGGAACGUAUCCUUAAAUUACGAGAACAUGAGAGGGUCAUGAAAGCCAAAUUUGCUGAAAUUUAUGAGGCGCAACAAAAACAUCACGCGACACGACUAGAAAACUUUGAGUUGGUUUUGACUCAACUGCAAAGCUGCACUGAGCGAGGUGAAAGCGUACUAGAAAGAAACGUCAGUGCCGAGAUUCUUCAAACAAAUCAGAUCGUUGUUGGACGCUGUGAAGAACUUUUGAACGCAACAAAACCUGACAUUUAUAAACCACCACACGUGCAUUACAUAGUCGAAAAUCAACUGAAUCCGGGUUUGGAUCGAAUUGUGGUUAGUAAUACAGAUCCCUUACUUUGCUUAGCGGAAGUGGACAAUCAAGAACUUGUAAGAGAAAAAACGGUGGCAAAUUUCAUCAUUGUAACUAGAGAAUCAGAUGGAAAGCAGUGUUAUCAUGAAGAUGAUGAAGUAAAAGUCAACAUUAUAACUCCAGCAGAUGAUCAACUGGAAACAGAGAUAAAAGACACCAAAGACGGCAAGUACACAGUAACAUACACACUGUACGAGAGUUUUACCAACCCUACCCCUCACAGUUUUGUGACGUUGAGCAGCACUACCAAAUUAGGGCUAGGGCUACCAAAUAGGGUAAUGAGCACGUGCGUGCUGAGUAAGCUAGAACGGGACGAGUCGAAAAAAUAUUGUGAGCGCGAGUUUUCUUUUGAGGUUUUUUCAUCGAGUUUCGUGAGAGUCUGUGAGUCGGAUUGAAGCGGAAUAAACCAGGAAACCGUGUUAUUGUGAGUUCUAUGGGCUGUGUUAUUGUUCAGCUCAUUUUUGGUGCCGAGACCAGGAUGCGCUGAAGAAAUACACAACGCUAGCGAGACAGUUUGAGAAGCGAAGUGAUCCUUUCUCGGAGUCAAAACAAACAUGAGCGACAGCGAAGAACCGAGCGACGAAGAACAACGUCUCAUAAAAGAGAUCGACAAGGAAAUUGAUAAGGUCAAGUACUUCAUGGAGGAGAUAGAUGAACUGAUCGAAAUUCAGGAUUAUUCGGAGAUGGAAAUAGUCAACAAACGAGCUGUGAAAAUCAUUACAAAGCUAUCGGAUCUUAUUUCACAGACAGAAGAAUUAAAAAUUGAGCGAGGAUUGUCGCCUCGGACGGUGAGACAGUGGAGAAAAGACACUAAAUCAAAGUAUGCAGCAUCUGUCAGCGAAAACGAGAGGCUUAGAAAGUGUUUAGAUGAUAAAGAGGAAGAAAUUACGCGACAAAAAGAAGUUUUGAAGCGGGAACAACAGUUGGAAGAUGAGCGGCGAUUGUACGUGUUACGUGAAAAACAACAGGAACACGAGCGUGAGUUGUGGAAGGAAAAGCUUGAAGCUGAAUUACUUGUGGCAGAAAAGAAAUUAGAAAUGGAGAAAACAGCUGUUUCCAGCACCACAAAGUUACCGAAAUUAAAGAUAACACCGUUCAAGAGUACCGCCGGCGACUGGAUUAGAUUUGAAAACAUGUUCCUGACGCAAGUUGAUGCGAAGUCGAUUUCCGACGAAGAGAAAUUCGGGUACCUUCUGGAAUCCGUUAGCCCGAAGGUGAGAGACAGAAUUGCAAAUUUAAAGCCUGGAACUGUUGGUUACAAGACAGCGUGGGAUAGACUAAAGAAAGAAUAUGGGCAAACAAAGGUCGUCAUGAAUGCGCACAUGGAAGAAAUCAUCAAUUUAUUUCCAGUCAAGGGCUCCAAUUAUUUCAAGGUGCAAGAAUUCUACGAGAAACUGAGUAGGAACUAUGACGCCCUUCAAACCCUGGAAGAAGGCCAAAAGUUACAAGGGUUUGUUAUGACUACGCUCAACAAGUUACCUCACGUAAAGCCCGAUCUGGUGAGAGUGGAUGACAGUUGGGAGGAAUGGUCCAUGGAAGACCUGAUUGAUGCUCUGCAGAAGUGGCUUAGGAGAAAUCACGUCGAAAGCAGCAAAUGCGAAAAACAUCUUUUCUCACAGCAGCAAGGAGAUAAACUGAAACCCUAUUGCCUUUUCUGCCGAAAACAAGAGCACUGGAGUGAGGACUGUACCCUAGUAACAGCAUUAGCGGACAGGAAGAAGUUCUUCAUAGACCACAAGUUAUGCUUUAAUUGUGGAAGGCAAAACCACAGAGCAGACCAGUGCCGUAGGCGUGGCUGCGCCAAGUGUAAACACAAACACCAUAGAAGCAUAUGCGAUAGACCGGAGAGGGAAAGCAGUAAUCCAGAUGGAGUGUCAUUGACAGUCUACUCCAAUUAUGCAGAGGAGAAAGUGCUACCUGCGAUUAUUCCCGUCAGUAUUGGGGGGCAAGUGCUUUGGGCUUACCUAGAUACAGGAUCUGGACGCAACUUCAUUUCACGUGAAGCAGUCAAGUUAGUAAAGUUGAAACCGACACGUCACGAGACUCGCGAAAUCUUGACAGUCAAUGGAACCAAAGUCCAGACAAUGCCAAUCUUUGACACCCAUAUUAAGUCCCUGGACGGGAAAUCAUGCGAAGAGGUGGAAUUCACAGGAUCGAAGUUAGCUGAUUUUACUACAGUGAGAAGGCCAGACAUGAAUCAGCUGAAGUUGAAGUACUCACAUACACAAGACAAGCGGUUCUACAUGACGUCCACAGGAGAACAUCAGAUACACCUCAUUCUCGGAGACGGUGUUUAUAGCAGAAUAAGGACGGAGAGAGUACUCAAAGGGCACCUGGGAGAGCCGCUGGUAGAGGAGACAACGUUCGGUUGGGUGGUCCAUGGGGGAGACGAAUAUGGGAGUGGAAGCAGCUGCAUGUACAUGAGAGAGGUUAAUGACUAUGAGAAACUAUACAGUUUGGAUGUACUGGGAGUCGAGGGCCGGGGAGAGAAUGAUCAGCUGGAUGUUCUGCGUGACUUUAAAGAGAGUGUUGUCAGAAAGCAAGAUGGAAGGUAUGAGGUUGGUUUUCCUUGGAUACCGGGAGCUACAUUAACGAACACAAAUGAAGCACUUAGCAGAAAGCGGCUUGAAAACGUGGAGAGAAAGCUUUCAAGAGAUAAGAAACUGAAAGGAGAGUAUGGUGGCAUAAUUGAAGAGCAACUCAGAGCAGGGGUAAUCGAGGAAGCACCUCAGAUUCCAUCUGGAAAACGUGUGUUUUACAUGCCUCACAAGCCAAUUGUAAAGCAGAGUGCAGUUACGACUAAGGUUCGCAUGGUGUUUGACGCAAGUGCUAAGCCCCAAUGAUUGCAUGAUUGCUAAGCAUCAAUGAUUGCAUGUUCACUGGUCCUCCGUUGCAGCCGCUUCUUUGCGACAUAAUGAUUAGAGUGCGAAUGUCCACAAGUCUGCUCCUUGGAGACAUAGAAAAGGCGUUUCUCCAGAUAGGUGUGAAGGAGGAGGAUAGAGAUGCAGUCAGAUUCUUGUUCAACAUUAAAGGAACAGAGAAACAUUUAAGAUUUACACCUAUACCUUUCGGAGUUGAAGCAAGCCCUUUCCUACUGGGAGCCACUCUGCAGCAUCACUUUGAACAACAAGGGUCAGAAUUUGAAGAGACAGUGAGAGCACUUAAGGAGAACACUUAUGUUGACAAUCUCAUGCAAACGGGAGGAAAUGUAGAGAAACUCAUGCAGUUCAAAGAAGAGACUACUGCCAUACUUGAGUCUGCCAGGUUUCCGGUGCACAAGUGGGAAUCUAAUGUCAAGUUUCUUGAAAGUGAAGGCAUGCCAAAUCCAAGCAAGAUCCUCGGACAUGUGUGGAAUAAGGAUGAUGACACACUGGAGUUGCUUGCAAAGCCUUUUCCACAAGAACAUCCAGUGACCAAGCGCACUAUACUCAGUUACCUAGGAACUGUCUAUGACCCACUCGGGAUAAUCUCGCCCACCAUGGCUGAGGGAAAGCAUAUUUAUCGAGAAGCCUGCGAUGAGAAGAAAGGCUGGAAUGCAGAAGUUUCCCCCAGAUUGAAGAACCAAUGGUUAAGGUGGACGAAGCAACUUAAAGAUGUAAGAGUGCCUAGAAGUAUUGCUUCAUUUGUUGGAGAGAUAGGAGCAGUCCAUUUACAUAUUUUCGCAGAUGCCAGCAUUCUAGCAUGCUGUUCAGCAGCUGUUGCGGUGGUAGAACAUGAGGCAGGCCUGACCAAAGGACUUCUGACCUCAAAGUCGCGGAUAUCAAAGAGAAGUACAUGAAUAGCAAGACUGGAGCUCGUGAGUGGCCACAUGGCAGUAAACAUGGCGAAGAACCUCAGCACUGCUCUCCAGCAAUGGCCCAUUCAAGCCAUCAACAUUUGGAUGGACAGUAUGGUAGCACUAUAUUGGAUAACCAAUCCUGGGAGAGGAUGGAAGGUGUUUGUAUCAAACAGAGUAAAGAAGAUGGCAGAAACCGCUGGUCCAAUGAACAUCACGUGGAAGUACUGCCCAUCAGAGUUGAAUCUAGCAGAUCUCGGAAGUAGAGGGGCAACCAUUGUGAAGAUGGAGAGAGGAAACUGGUUUGCCGGUCCGGAUUGGCUCUUGGACAAAAGGCGGUGGCCGGAGCAGCCAAGGCUGAAUAGCACCAAAGAAGCAGAUGAAGAGAGUAAGGUCACCCAAGAAGCAGUUCUCCGCACACAAGAGCGCAUGUUCGAUGAGUGGGAUGCCUUGUUAGAAAGAAGCACCUCCUGGCGUACAAUGAGAGUAACAGCAUGGGUGUUACGUUUUAUCAGAAACUGCCAAGCGAGAAGCAAGUCAAAGAAGAUGUCAGGGCCAUUAGUUACGGAAGAAAUCACAGCUGCAAGUGACUACUGGGUAAAGCGAGUUCAGAAAGCAGAGGAAACAUGUCUGAAGUCCCCAGGAUGGAAGUUGGUCAAAGAUAACAGUACAGGAGUUCUCAGGUGUGAAGGCAGAAUUAAAGGAUAUCGGCCGAUUUACCUUCCUGAUGGUCUACUUGCGGAGAAGCUUAUCCUUCACAUCCACAAUCAGGUCAUGCAUCUUGGUGUCGCGAACACGAUGGCGAGCAUGAGAGAGAACUGGUGGAUACCAAAGUUGAGAGCGAAAGUGAAGAAGGUCAUUAAGAACUGCAACAUCUGUAAAGUAUACUCCACCAAACCUUAUGGAGUGCCAUCAACUAGUGCUUUGCCAGAAUAUAGAACGGAGGGGAGCAGACCGUUUGAAGUAACCGGAGUGGACUUUGCCGGACCCUUGCUGUACAAGGUCGGUAAGAAAGAAGAAGGAAAGUGCUAUGUCAUUAUUUUCACCUGUGCCAGCUCCAGAGCGGUCCAUUUGGAAGUUGCAAGAACCCAAACGGCAGAGGAAUUCAAGAGUAAGCUGAAUGCCUUUAUUUCGCGACGAACAAGACCUCGCAUCAUCAUCUCGGAUAAUGCCAAAGUGUUUAAGGCUACAGCAGAUUGGAUCAAGACAGUGAGGAGAAGUGAGAAGUUGCAGAAUUACUUAGCACGUGAGAACAUUCGCUGGCAGUUUAAUCUUGCAAAGUCACCCUGGUGGGGAGGAAUCUAUGAGAGAUUGAUUAAGGAGAUAAAGAAGACCUUGCAUAAGACCUUGGGAGGUCACAUCUUUCCUAUGAAGCAUUUGAAUCAGUCAUCAUGGACAUCGAAAGAAAUUUGAACAAUCGCCCCUUGACAUAUGUUGAAGCAGAGAGAGAGGAAGAGGCGGUACUUACACCAAACAUGAUCCUGUGGGGACGAGAUGUGUAUGCUGUAGAAGACACCGAAGGCUCAGCUGGAGAGAAGCUAACAAAGAUGGCCAAACGAUUGGAAAAUGCUAAGGCCAAUGCAUGGAAACGCUGGAAAAGGGAGUAUGUCCAUAGCCUAAUGGAAAGUCACAGGCUUAACAAGGAAACGGGAAAACUAUACCUCAAGUGGGAGAAAUUGUACUCAUCAUUGGAGACGAAAAGAACCGCGGAGAAUGGAGAAAGGGAAAAGUAGUGCGUCUUAUCAAAGGAAAAAAGAAGAUGUCGUUAGAGGGGUGACAUUGUUACACAAAAGGCACACUAUUGAACGCCCGCUUCAGUUAGUUUGUCCCUUGGAAAUCAGAGCUGUGGAGAAUGUUGACCAAUCUCAAAGGGGGGAGAGAGAUCGAGCUGAUGAAGGAGAACAGAGACCAAGACGAGCUGCAGCUCAGAGGGCUGCUCAGAGAAUCACAGAACAAUUGCAAGAAGAAGAGAAUUGAUAAACUGAACUGUGUUCAAGUAUAAAACCGGACUGUCAUAUAGCAAAUCGGAUUAGUUUCAAGUUACGUUUGAUUGUAAAAAUUGCGUGCUACAAUUUUUAGGGGAGUUGUGUACGAGAGUUUUACUAACCCUACCCCUCACAGUUUUGUGACGUUGAGCAGCACUACCAAAUUAGGGCUAGGGCUACCAAAUAGGGUAAUGAGCACGUGCGUGCUGAGUAAGCUAGAACGGGACGAGUCGAAAAAAUAUUGUGAGCGCGAGUUUUCCUUUGAGGUUUUUUCAUCGAGUUUCGUGAGAGUUUGUGAGUCGGAUUGAAGCGGAAUAAACCAGGAAACCGUGUUAUUGUGAGUUCUAUGGGCUGUGUUAUUGUUCAGCUCACACACCACAGUGUGUUGGACAACAUAGGCUAGAGAUCCAAGUUAAUGGACAGUCGCUGACUGGUAGUCCCUGGGUAUUGCAGGUGAUUCAGCAUCAGUAUCAAUUUGCGUUUCAAUUUGGAUCAGAAGGGAAAGAACAAGGGCAGUUCAAGAGUCCUUGUGGUAUUGCUGUGAAUGAUAAAACAAGGACGCUUGCUGUUGCUGAUGUAAGCAAUAAGAGAGUUCAGAUGUUUGGCUUUGAUGGGAAUUUCCUCAGAGAGAUAGCAUUGGAAGUUGAAACGUAUUCGGUGGCUUUUACCGAGUCUGGUGACCUCCUUAGCACUGUCGAGAGUGGCGACAAUAAAGCCACCUUGUACUUGUGCACUGAGGGUGGUCAAUUCAUUCGAUACAUCAGCGAAGAACAUUGGAAGAUACCAUGGUACAUAUCUGUUGUGAGUGAUGGUCGCAUAAUCACAAGUGACUAUGAUGACAAAACAAUCAAAGUUCUCAGUCCUGAUGGGAAAAACCUUCUUCAGUCGUUCAGUGCUCCUGGUUGUGAUGCGGGGCCAUGGUGUGUUGUUUAUCAGCAAGACAAAUUUUUUGUCUCUUAUCCAAAAGCUAACCGUGUCAUGGUAUUUAACAACGCAGGGGAGUAUCUACAUGACAUAUGCAGUGAGGGAACUGGUGAUAAGCAGUUCUCGUGUCCCACUGGUCUCGCUAUCGACAAGUUCAACCGUUUGAUCGUUUGCGAUGCGGGGAACAGAAGACUGCAACUGUUCACACUUGACGGAAAAUAUGUCUCUAAGGUAGCCGGGAGUUGUUUUGAUCAUAAAAGUCAUCUUAUUGGUUGUGCCGUGUCUCAUACUGGACAUUUGUUUGUUACAGAUUUAAACAAACACUGUAUUUACGUUUUCAACUAG